UCCUGCAGUGGAACACUCAGCUCGAACUCAUUUCACCAGAGUAGGCUGGUUGAAUAACCUGCGUUUCUAUUUUGUUGCUUAUUUUCAGGGAGUCAACAUGAAGCCAGCAGCGGCUCUGCUGGGCCUCGUCCUUCUCCUGGACGCUGCCUUUGCUGCAGAGCAAUCCUGUGUGGGUCUCUGCGGCUCCUUUGAUCCACAGAGGAAAUGUCAGUGCGACUCCAAGUGUGUGUACUACGGAAGCUGCUGCACAGACUAUGACACCAUCUGCCCUAAGAAAAUUGCUCGUGGCGACACCUUUGACGCAGGAGAGGAUGUGACAGAAGCAGCGACGACUUCUGCUUCACCUGUUGCAACAACAUUCACCACAGCUGUACCGGUGCCUUCUUUCUUUCCCAGCACCACGGAUGUUUUCACGGCACCUGUCGACCCAGACGCACAGCCGUGCAGUGGUCGACCCUUUGAUGCGUUCCUGCAGCUGAAGAAUGGCUCGAUCUAUGCAUUCAGAGGUGAAUAUUUCUUUGAGUUGGAUGACACGGCCGUACUUCCCGGUUACCCCAAACUCAUCCAGGAUGUGUGGGGGAUCCCCGGGCCCAUCGACGCUGCCUUCACACGCAUCAACUGCCAAGGAAAAAGCUACAUAUUCAAGGGGAAUAAGUACUGGAGGUUUGAUGGAGAUGUCUUGGACGAGGACUUUCCGCGGGACAUUUCAGACGGCUUUGGUGACAAACCAAAUGACAUCGAUGCUGCGUUUGCAGUGCCAGCACCAAACUCCCGAGGCAAAGAGAAGGCCUACUUUUUCAAAGGGGACCAGUAUUAUGAGUAUGAGUUCAAGCACCAGCCUUCCCAUGAGGAGUGUGUCGACAUGAGCAGGUCCUCGCCCUCCGUGAUGUUCAAUCAUUACACAGAUCUCUUCUGUGAUCAGACGUUGGAGGAUUUCUUCGCAGAGCUCUUCGCAGACCCCAUCAGCAGUCAUCACGCAGGCCCUCGCUUCACCAGUAGGGUCUGGAAGGGCCUCAAGUUCCCUGUAGAUGCUGCCAUGGUGGGGCGAGUCCACCUCAGUCCCCAGCCCACGGCACCAGUUCCUCCAGCAGCGAAGAAACGGGGCAACUGGAGGAAGCGGUUCAACAAGAAGCGCCGACAGCGAGGACGGAAGAGUCGCCAAGCGCUGUUUGACGAUUUCUGGGGUUACGAUGACUGGUUUGACUUCAGCUUCUAUGGAGAUGACAGUGAGGAGAGCACCAUACAGGAGCAAAAGAGCACUCCGGUUCAAAAUGUCUACUUUUUUAAGGGAGAUAAAUACUACAGAUUGAAUCUGCGGACAAAGCGUGUGGACUACAACAAUCCUCCAUACCCGCGCUCCAUUGCAAAAUACUGGCUGGGCUGCAAGGAUGAAGGAACACCUGAUGAAUCCAGGGCAGAGAAGAAGUAGACGAAGCCAGCUAGAAGGAAAUAAAGAGAAAUUCCCUCUGUGUGCAUGCAUCUGUAUGUGAAAGUCAAGAAGUAAUUACACAACAUGAAUGCAUGGUUACUUACA